GCAGCAGCAGGAGGAGGAGACGGAGACUCGCAGAGAGGGCGAGGAGGAGAAGUGUCGCGCAGUGAGGCGCUCGGCACGCCCGUGGAGACGCGGGACACGAGAAGAGGGACACGAGGCACGGGAGACGGAGACACGGGACACGAGAAGAGAGACACGGGAGACACGAGAAGAGGGACACGAAAAGAGAGACACGAGAAGGGAGACACGGGAGACACGAGAAGAGAGACACGGGAAGAGAGACACGAGAAGAGAGACACGGGAAGAGAGACACGGGAAGAGGGACACGGGAAGAGAGACACGGGACACGAGAAGAGAGAGACGAGAAGAGAGAGACGGGAAGAGGGACACGGGAGACACGGGAAGAGGGUCCCGGAGUCAGCGCGGUCGCUCUCUCAGGAGCAGACCCCGUGCCACGAGCGUGGAGGAGCAGACAUGGAGCUCGCGAUCCAGGAGGUCCCCUCUCCACUCGAGUACCUCCCGCAAGAGUGGCAAGAGGAAAUGAAGAACUACCUCAUGGAGCCGUCCACUCCCUCCUACUGUGACCAACUCAGCUCCCUCAACUUCACGAGCGGCUACGGCCUGGAGAGCAGCCAGUACGUGCCGCACGCCGAGUCCAGCGAGCCGGGCUUCAUCUGCGAGUCCUUCCAGACGCUGCACGACAUCACGUGGGAGGAGGUGCUGUGCCUGGCGUCCUCGCAGGGCCCGGCCCCCCGCCCGGAGCCCCCCGCGGGCCCCGCCGCAAAACCCAAACUCUACGUCCCCGCCGCCGCCAUGCAGCAGCAACAACAACAACCGCAGCAUCACCAACAACAACCGCAGCAUCAUCAUCAUCAACAACAACAACCUCAGCAUAAACCUGCUGUGGUGGUGGCGGCGCCGUCCCAGCAGAGCGAGAUGGAGGCGGACUGCCACUACCGGCUGCUGGCGCACGCGCGCAUGCAGCCGGGGCCUCCGUGCGGCGCUCGGGAGCCGCCGCCCGGCGCCGUCGCACUUUUCCACGGCGGCGGCGGCGAUCGACGGAGCGCGGAGGCCGCCCACGGCGGGGACCGUCGGCUGGCCCACGGCGGGAGCCACGCGCCGGAGAUGUUCCGCGCCACCGCCGUGAAGCAGGAGAGCGGCACGCAGAUCGUGCUGGGGGGAGGAGGCGGUGGCGUCACCACUCAAGGAGCGUUCGGCGAGCUGAUUGCGGACAAGGGCAGCGCUGGCGGCGAGUGCGUGCCCAGCCCCGAGCGCGUCUGGUGGAUGCCAUCACCCCUGGGCGGCCUGCAGCGCGUGCCGAGCUACAGCAGCUUCGAGGCGGACAACUUCACGAGCCUCGAGCAGCCGGGCCAACGGAAAGCGGCGGCGGCGGCGUUCGACGACUACCGCGGCCCCUACGAGCCCUCCUCCUCUUCCUUCGCCACGGCGGCGGACGCGCCGGGCCGCGGCCCGCUCGCGCCGGCGCACAAGCGGCGCUUCGGCACCAAGGCCGCGGGCUACGGCUCCGCGGAGGCGAAGCUGGCGGACGACCGCUACUAUCCCGACGGCGGGAAGUCGCAGGUCACGUUCCGCGAUUACCUGGGCGACGCGGCGGAGGCGAGCAGCGUCAGCAAGCCCGUGAUACCGGCGGCGAUCCUCGCGGGGUACACAGGCAGCGGCCCCAUACAGCUGUGGCAGUUCCUGCUGGAGCUGCUGACCGACACGGCGUGCCAGCCCUUCAUCAGCUGGACCGGCGACGGCUGGGAGUUCAAGCUGUCCGACCCCGACGAGGUGGCGCGCCGCUGGGGCAAGCGCAAGAACAAGCCCAAAAUGAACUACGAGAAGCUGAGCCGCGCGCUGCGCUACUACUACCACAAGAACCUGCUGUACAAGUCGUCGGGCAAGCGCUACGUCUACCGCUUCGCCUGCGACCUGCACAGCCUCCUGGGCUACUCCCCGCAGGAGCUGCAUGCCAUGCUGGGGGUCGGCCUCGCCGAGCACAGCAAGCCCUGACCCGGCGGCCUGGUGGCAUUGGCGGCGGCCCCGGUUCCUCUGCCCCGGUUCCUCUGCCCCGGGUUUAUCGUCCAUUUUUCGUGGCCGUCGGAACUUCGCGGCCGCCGACCGGCGUGCGGAUGUCCGACCGUCCGGGAAAUCGAGUCGUGAGCCGCGUGACUUUAGUUGGGGGAGGUGGGGGUGGGGUCGGGUGGGGUGGGGGAGGGGAAUUGUCGCCUGUUUUACCACACGUGCCGCCGCUGGCUACGCGGUGGCGGGCGUCCGGCUCGGUGAGGUCAUCGGCGUCGUCAGGAUGUGGGCACGGCCGCUGUCUUCAAAGAGGACCCCAGGGUAGUCAACCGCACGCAAAGCCAACUCUGCUCGGACGAUCCACCAGCAGCGGCAGCUCUCGCACCGCUCUCCUGCCGCCGUGUUCUCAGCCGGACGCGAGAGCCUCACUCGUGGUGAGCGGCUCACCCCUGUGACCGGCUGGGGGCCGUCGCACCGCGCUCUGGGCACGAUUGACGAUCACCGCUUUCGGCGCUCUCUGGCCCCGUUCGCGAUCCGUCCUCGAGUAUCGAGCCGUUGUUGCAAAAGACUGAAAGACAGCGGCGCUGUUGUUACUCUAGAAGGUGCACGCUGGGCACGUGAUCAGCGCGGCGGCGCAUUCGAGAUUGGACUGGACUCGUGAUUACAGCCGGCAGUGACAAACGUACACACUGACUGACCGACGUAUUGGACCCGUCGCCCGUGGCUCACGCAAAUCAUCAUCACCGUCACUCGCUCCUGUGCCGAUCUUAAAUGGGCGCAAUUAAACCAAAUCUAUCAGCCACUGGUUGGCCCGGCAGGCCACAGCAGCUAUCGCCACUUCUCAGGUCGGUGUCUCAGUUCUGAAUGAGCGCAGUGCUCAUUGCAGGCUCAAUGAGAAAGAGAGAGGGAGGGGUGGAGGGAAUCAAGGGGGGUCGGGGGCUCAAUUUGAGGUGAAUUUGGAAAUGGAGGAUGAGAACGGAUCGGAGCACGAGGAACGCGCCGCCCCGGCGCCGAACCGCGGCCACCGCGGGACCACUCCGAGCUGCGGGGCCCCACGGUGGUGCUCAGAGCGGCGCCCGGUGCGGCGCCAACCGAGAGCGAGGCUCCCAUGCUUGCGGUUACCGAAUCGCGCACCACCGCCCUCCCCCCUCUCCCACAUCCCCACCCACCAUCUCCAAACGACGUCGCGUGGUGAAUUGGGAGCGGCUCGUCGCUCGCCAUGCCACGAACCCUGGUGACCCGCGUUGAAGUCGGUGGCUUGGGCGAGUCCCACGGGCUGGGGAGGGAGCAACGUCGCCCACCGUCACCCACCGUGGGUGGAAGCGUUCACCCUCUCCGCAUCGCCACAUGAACGCCGCUGCCUCAGGCUUCUGGCUGCCUGGAGUGCCGGCAGGCGCCGCCACACGUCACGUGGGCUCGCGCGGCACGGACUCCGUUCCCGUGGGGUUCGUGCAGUCGGAGCGGGCUCCCGCGCCUGCGUCGCCGCCCGUCCCGCAGCCUGAUCGUGGACACGUUCUUUGACUCUGGACACGUUCCUCAAUUCCGUCACAGAUUAUUUUUUUCCACUGCCACUUGUGAUCCGAGCCAGUGCAGGUCCCUCGCACUAGGUGAGGUUUUCCACCGGCUGUUUUGCCGAGCUGGAAUCCAACCAUGAUGGGCCCCCACACGACAUCUGAUAUCUGGUUCGGGGCUCAGUAGGGCCAUACGUCGGCACUGAAUCAUCUUGGUCAGGCAUGGCUCGGCUUCCGCAGUGGAAAAAGCGCGGAGGCCCACUUGUAUUUCGACGCAUCCCCCCCCCCGCGCAGGGAUUGGUUAGCGUGACACACUGGGGGUCACGACCCCGCCACGUGACCACCAGCGUGCGAGCCUUGACCUCUGGGAUGCUCGCUGAGUUGCCGUUUGCGGAAUUUUAGGAACGGCGGUGGACAGUCCCCCCCCGCCGCCUCCCCGUGUCCGCACGGACCCCUGUGCCGCUGACCCCCUGCACGUGCGGGGCUGCGUGGCAGGGAGGGGUACUGCAGGCAGUAGCGAUCCCCAGCCCCAUGGUGCUAUCAUCCAAAAGCCUUGACGUGAUUGUAGUAACCACUGCCUCGGCAGGGAUGGCACAGGCAGAACAAAAAUAUAUAUAUACAAGCAGGCGACGUUUCUGGAAAUUGCUACCUUUUUUUCAGAGCACAAAGAUGAUCGAUCUGCGUGCUAUGGAGAAGGGGCAUGACCCGAAACAUCGCCCUAUAAAUACUGUUUCCGUUUUAACGCCACUGUGUUAUUGCCGAAUGUGUGGAGUGAUUUUUUUUACGAAGAUUCUCUCUGAAAUAUAUAUUUUUUCUAAGAGGCUGUAGCCAACAGACACUGCGUCACCCCGACAACUCGCUCACUCGCCACGGAGUCGCUGAGACGCCGACGUCCUCCGCAACCGUUUGUGGGCAGCCGCACAACCGGUGGCUCGAGACGGAGACGAGACGCGAUUCUUUCGAGCGUCUCCUGCUCAGCGACGCGCGGCGAGGCCAGUGGAUUGCGCGCCACACCAAUCAUCGACUGCGAUCGGUCGCCACGACCCCGGAUCGUGCGCUAUCCCAUGGUGCUGGUUCGGGGUUGUGACUGGCGACGCAGCGAGCACUGUGAAGAGAGUGGCGCUGCUCACCAGAGCCCCGCCCCGCUGCCCCCCCCCCCGCCCGGAGCGAGCAAUCGAGGGGUUUUUUUUAUUCCCGAAGAAUCUCGCGGUAUCCGCUGUAGGUCAAACAUAACGUCCCGUAGACUAAAUCGCAAACUAUAUUUUAUACGAGUAAUGUCUGUAUACCCUAAGCCAUACAGUGUCGCGCGGUUUGUUUUGUAUUUUGUUACUUGUAAAGCAAUAGUUAGGGUAUCGGUGUAUCGUAUGAUGCUGGCAUCGGUAUUAUAUUUUGUAAUGCUCCUCUAGCCGUGUAAAUUAAGAUAAUUCCACGACACGCGUGGCCAAGCAUGUCCUAGGCGUGUGCACGGCGGCUGACGUGGUGAUGUCGCGACCACGCACAGCCCCCCCCCAGUUCCCACCACUCGGCGUGCGCGAAGCCUCCGCGCGGUGCCCCGGGAAGCGGCCACCCUACCACGCGGCUCGCGGCCGCUGCAGUGCGAUGGGAGUGGGGGGGGGGGCAGAGGAACCGGGACCACGAUCCACGAACGAUGAUGUGCGGAGUCACUGAACCUCCAGUGAUGGAUGCACGAGCGUCCGUCGAGGCGUUCUUCACUGCAAAGCUCGCGGGCCACUGGCGGCCCCCGACGUGUGGACCCCGACAAGACACAACACGUGACAAGACCCCCCAUCAUUAUCGUCAUCGUGCUGCUGUAAAACCCAACAAUAGUUUCAAAUGUGUGGCGGCCCUCACACUGAUGACGUCUUAUCUGUAAAAGUGGCACCCCCCUUUGAAAAUGAGUGGAGAACACUGAUCUAGGUCCCACCAACCAUUGACCCGUGAGUCUUUCAUUGUAGUUUGUGUCCCCCGGCCACGCUUUGCUGAUGAGUCUGAGAGGGAGCGGAAUCCCCUCCGCUCAGUUCCCUCCUUGUCUCACUCACAUUGGCUGAGAUCAGCGCAGCAGCUCACACGAUGGGGACAUUUCCUUAAAUCCCCUGCGCCUCUGUCCAACCAUGAGUUUCAAUGGGUUUAUCAGCAGCAACAGCACCACCACCGUAGUUAGUCGAUCUCCAGGUGGGGUUAAGUGUGGGUCACUCCCUCGUCGUCCAAGACAUUUGGCCAGCGUGGGAGAAGAGGCCAAAACAUAUAAACAUAAAUAUAUGAACUGGAGGGAGGCUCUCUGGUUUACCAAACUUUACUGACGAGCGCACACCUCUCGUCAAUAGUCGGGCUGUGUUUUACCGCUGCCAUGAACACUGUCACUCGCCGCGUCGGCGCGCGUCGCCACCAGCCGUGGUUGUGGUUGUGCGGCUGAGUGCGAAUGCGUCCCAGGUAGCAACACUGUAGCCGGGGGCCCACGAGGGCCGCUGUCGGCCACCACGUCGCGCCGUCGCGUCGCGUGACCAAUAAAGCGCUCCUCGCCACCACCGCUCGUGUCCAGGCGCGCUUUGUCACGGCGAGGCACGGAGGCCAUCGCGUGGAGAAGG